AUGGAAAGCAAUGAAUUUGCAACAAAUACCGAUUUUAUAUUCAACGAACUUAAUCAGCUGGUAGAUUUAAAUACAUCAUAUUCAAUAUUAAACAUUAAUGAGAGUUCCAAUUCUGCAUCAUCAAUCAUUUCAAAUUUCUCACUUUCGGAAUUAUCAACAACCUCAUCUGGUGUAUCAAUCGGAGUUAAUAGUCCUUCUCCAAUUCAAAAUAAUUCAGAAGUUAAGAAAGUUCUUAGAAAAAGGAAAACUGCUCCUAGAUCAAGACGUGCUUGUGAUAAUUGUAGACUCAAGAAAAUAAAAUGUGAUGCACUAAAGCCAAGUUGUUCGCGAUGUAGGGCCAAGAGUUUACCAUGCAACUAUACCUUGAAAUUACAGUUUAAAUAUGAUGUAGAGAAGAACGGUAAACGAUUUGGUCGGGAAGGUAUCAAUUCAACUACGAGAAUCACAACAAACGAUUUAGUACAAAAAUCAAAAUUAUCAUAUUAUAAACCAAUAAGCAAUAAGUCAAACUUACAAUAUGUGCAUUUCUUCAACGAAGAUAUUACAAAAAGUGAAAAAUUAGCAUUUAAAUUAUUCCCAAGCUUACAGUCAUCAAUCAUACCUAAAGAAUUUUAUCUUUCCACAAAUUCCAAUAAUUUAGAUUAUGCAUUGAAUUUUUAUAUUCAUUUUAUAUCUCCAAUCCUAAAUCCAGUCGGAGAUCAAUCAAUACAGUAUAAACAAGUGGAAAAUGAACAUAACAAAAAUACUUUAAUAGUUGUUGAAAAGGGAUUAGAUUUAAAUUCAUUAGUUAAAUAUUCUUCACAUAAUGAAUACUUGUUCAAAUUUAUAAUGAGUUUAGGUUCAAUUUAUUUAGCCAAAUAUUUGAAUAAUCGAGAUUGGUUAAUUCAAUCACAAAAAUUUCAAGAAGAAGGAUUGAAUCAAAUAAAACCCAUGAUUGAACAACUAAUAAAUGAAGAAGAAAUAGACGAAAUUCAAACGGAUUUAUUAAUUGCACUAGUAUUGUUGAUACUAUAUGAAUUCGCCAAUGAUUGUUCCAAAAAAUGGAUCAUUUAUCUUAGGUUGUGUAAAAAGAUAAUUCAAUCUAAAAGCUUCAAAAUACCCAAAAAUUCAUUAGAAUUUUCAUUACUCAAAUUUUGUCUCGAAUUUUUAGAUUAUCAAGAAUCAAUGGGUAGAACAGCUUGUAAAGAUGUAAAUUUAUUCUUUACACAAUUAAUUAAAGAAGAAGAAGAAGUUGAUGAAAAUCUAAUCAGUCUUGUUUCGUGGAUGGGUUGUGAUAAGAGAUUACUACCUAUUAUCUCAGAUAUUACCGAUUUAUCAUUUGAAAGAUUUAAAAAAUCAAUUAACGAAAAGGAUUAUUUUGCAUUAUGUGAAGAUAUGAGAACAAAAUUGGAAAAUAUGAAUAUAAAUAUGAUAGAGAAUCAAAUUAAACCAAAUGGAGAAUUGUCAAAUCAGAGUUUCGAUGUAGAGGAAGUUUGUUUCUUGUUAUCUUGUGAAGUUAAAAGAUUAUCGACAAUUUUAUACCUUGAAUGUUGUUUAUUGAAUUCAACUCCUGAGGAUGAGGUUGUAGAGUCUUUAGUUGAGACAAUUUUUAAAUACUUGGAAUUCAUAGUAAUCAAAAAUGAUUAUAAAUGGUAUUCAACUUUAAUUUGGUCUACAUUCAUGGCAGCUAGUGAAAUAUCAGUUAUUAGUUCAAAUUGUGAAAAUUUAAGAUAUUUAACUUUGUCUAUUUUUGACAAAUUAGAAAAAAAUACACUUGGGAAUAUUAGGAAAACUAAACAAAUAGUGAUUGAUAUAUGGAAAAGAAGAGAUUUGGAUAAUAGUAAUUUACAUAGUACUGGAUACAUAGAUAUAACGAGUCGGAAAUUCCGAAAAAGGAAGAAAUUAAUGGGAUUUAUAAAUGAUUGGGAGAAAUAUGUGGUUGAUGAAGAUUAUGCAAUUGCAUUAGCAUAA